AUGAAGGUGAUCGGUAGUUGGAAUUUCCUCAUCCGGCUUGCAAUUAUAUGCUGUCAACUCUUCCCAGUCACUGAAAGCUCUUCGGUGGUGGUUACCCAAGAAAACUAUGGAGACAUUAUCAAAUCCAAUGACUUGGUGCUGCUCACCUUUUAUGUGGAUUGGUGCCGUUUCAGCAAAUUGCUGGAACCCAUUUUCGAAGAGGCGGCGGCCAAGGUACGCGAGAAGUUCCCCGAAGAUGGACGUGUGAUCCUAGGCAGGGUCAAUUGUGACACUGAAAUGGAACUAGCCAAUAUGUUCAAUAUUAUCAAGUACCCCACACUGAAGGUGACCAGGGGCGGAGUAAUCCAUAGGGAGGAAUACCGGGGACAGAGAUCGGUCGAGGCUUUUGUUGAGUUUGUGGAGCGAGAGCUAUCGGAUCCCAUCAAGGAGUUCCACAAUAUCAGUGAACUGCAGGACGAGGUGGCAGAUGGCCUGGUCAUUGGCUAUUUUAUGUCCAAGGAUGAUGAGGAGUACCUGAGCUACCGCAGGACAGCGAGAGUUUUGCGCGACCACUGCAGGUUCAUGGUGGGCUUCGGUGAGGUGAGCAAAGACCUACAUCCACCUGGAAAGAAUCUGCUCAUCUUCCGUGCUGACUCCUCGAGCAUUAAUCACAAGGAGUACUACAGUGAGUACUCGGGCAACAUGACCAGCAUCCAAGAAUUGCUGUACUGGACGACUGUGAAGUGUAUGCCUUUGGUGCGAGAGAUAACCUUUGAAAAUGCCGAGGAGGUCACGGAGGAGGGGCUGCCCCUCCUCCUGGCCUUUUACGACAAGAACAAUAUGGAUCCUGUCCGAGAGUUCAAGACCGUGAUCCAGAGCGAAUUCGCGGAUGAAAAUAGGAUUAACUUUCUGACUGCCGAUGGAGCUCGCUUUGCUCAUCCACUAUUUCACAUGGGAAAAACAAAGGCCGAUCUACCAUUGAUUGCCAUUGAUUCCUUCCAGCAUAUGUAUGUCUUUCCGAAAUUCGCGGAUAUUCACAAGCCGGGAGUCUUGAAAAAGUUUAUUGAGGAUCUGUAUAGUGGACAACUCCACUUGGAUUAUCACAUGGACGUUGAUUUCGACGAAGAAAAGAAUAACACAACCGAAGAAGUAGAUGUUAGCCCGCCGGUUGUCCACGAGUCCAAGUUCAAGGAUCUGAUGCCCUCCAAGCAUCGCUAUACCUUGAUCAAUCGAACAAGAGACGAGUUGUGAAUUAAAAUUGAAACAAUCAUA